CCGGCAGUUGGCUGGUCGCACUCGGCCUAAUAGCUACAUUCUCUUUGCUCGCGUAAUAAAUAGUAUAGAUCAUCUGACAUCUGUCCCAUCCCAUCUGUCGCGAACGCUACGAGGGGAGACGUGCGGUUUUAACUGUAAAAAUGUAUUAAAAACUAAUUAAAUAGCAAACAUUCCGUCAGUUACUGUGAUAUACAAAUAAAUUGCGUGUUGUUAAUUAGUGUUAUAAUAUCCGGAACAAUGUAUAAGUGUACGACAAAUUCGAAUAUUGCACUGCACCGUCCGCAGUCUCCGUCCUCUCGCGUGGAUGAAGAGCUCAUCCAGAAGAGUCUUAGAGCCAUCAACUCUACCACUGAUCCGCUGGAGAAGCUGCGUCUGCUAUGUCUGUCCCGUGGCGCGUCCGGCAUCAUUGGUCUGGGGAGAAUCUUUCGAAGGAUGGACGACGAUGGCAGCAAGCAGCUGAACAAGGAAGAGUUUCUCAACGGCAUCAAAGAGACCGGCUUAGAUCUUCCAAAAGAGGAUGCGGACGAGCUGUUUGAAAAAUUCGACGUCGACAAAAGUGGAUCGAUUAGUCUUGAUGAAUUUUUAAGGCAGAUCCGACCGCCGAUGUCAGAAUCCCGCCGCGCUAUAGUGGAGCAGGCCUUCAAGAAGCUGGACAAGACCGGGGACGGUGAGAUCAGCAUCGAGGACGUGCGUGGAGUGUACUCGGCUGCUUCCAACCCUCGAUACAUGAGCGGCGAGGAGAGCGCUGACGUGAUCCUGAAAAGGUUCCUCGCUAACUUCGAGACAGAGGGCACCGUAGAUGGAAAGAUUACUUUGGAAGAAUUCAUGAACUACUACAGCGGUAUCAGCGUGUCUAUCGACAAUGACUGCUAUUUCGACCUGAUGAUGCGUCAGGCCUACAAGCUCUAACUUUGUAAAGGUCUACACCCACUAGCCCAUGCUGCUCCAACCAAGCACAGCACAGCUUUUUUAUACAUGAUCGAAAAAAAUUAACCCCAGUUGGCAAAAUGUUAUUAACUUUUUCAGUUCUUUAAUAUGUCAUUAUUAGGUACUUGUAUUUACUAAAAUUAUUGUUUUUUUGUUAAUGGGGCGUACUUUUUAAGAUCAAUUUCUUUAUACAAAAUUUAAACCUUGGAAAUAAAUUGUUCAGCCCCGUUGCUUAGUGGGUAGUGUGACCCUACUCUCUGCAUCCACGGCCGUGGGUUCGAUUCCCACAACUGGAAAAUAUUUGUAUGAUGAUUAUGGGUGUUUUCCAGUGUUUGGUGAUUUAUACACAUACCUAGGGCAAGUAUUAGGAAUUAUGUAAUGUAUAUUCGUCAGAUAUAUUAGUACCCAUAAAGGUAAGCUUACUUUAGGUCUAGAACUCUAUAACAUAGCGAUGUGUGUAUUGUCCCAAAAUAUUUAUUAAAAUCGUUGUUUUGCUUUACAAAUUAUGCUCAAAUGGGCAUGAAAAUGAACGAUGACCGAUUCAAAGACUUACCCAAUAUGCACGCAAAAUUUCUGGGUUACUGAAAACUGGUUAAACCAAGCUCGCAUUUGACUGUGGUGCUGUGCUUGAAUGGUGCUGUGUAGGUAAGUUGCGACCAUAAUCUUUGUCUUGCUUUCACAUAAAACAUGCACUGAACGUGAGUGGUAGAGACGAAACAUAAUAAUAUUAUUGUGUUGUUUAAAAGGCACUGCUUUCUUGUUUCUUGUUAAUGUAUUAUAAUAAUAUUUUAUUAACAAAAAAUAAAUGUAUGGUGAUGAUUAUUGCAUUUCAAUAAAUAUUUUAACGUC